AUGACAGCUAUUCGACUUACUACGGCGUCGAACGUCCGUAGCUUUCAGACCCUGCUGAACGCGCUUGCCACCAGCGGCGCUAGAUGGAAAGAGCAAAUCGAUCGGGAAGGUCUCGAAGAUGAAUUUGGCAGGUUUAGAGUGUGGUCAGGAAACCUAGGCGCUUUACAGAAGGGCCAUAGUUCUCUAGACUACCGCCUACGCGACUCGCCGCUGCUCUCCGGAAAUGCCCUUAGAUUCCUAGAAGAACUCAACGACAAUCUCAACGAAGCACUUGCAGUAAUAUCUGGAAUUCGACUUCCUUACGAAGAAGAGUCGAAGCCGGACUCGGAUGAGCAAAAAAUUGAAGAGAACGAUGAUGGCUUUUUUAGCGAGGACGAUGAGGAUGAAGAUGAGGACGGUGGCUCAAAGAAAGAGUUGACGAUGCGUUAUGAUGAGGUUGUCGACAUCAUCGACAAUCUUUACAAACUCAGUGUCCGCAUUAGAACACCCACAAUUCGGUCAAGGUCCCUCAAGGCAGCUUCUUAUCAACCGAAAGACCCAGAAACAGGUGUCGAUAUACUCAGCACGUAUGCACAUUACGAUCAGCAGCACACCAGAGAGCUCCUUCACGACCUACGAAAGGCCCAUUCCAGCGAGUUGCAGGGUAGUGAUGACUAUCUGGUCGCUCGGCUGGCACGUGGUAUAACCCUUCGUCGUCGACAUUUCAAGUACUGGAGGCGACAUAGGGACAAACUCUCGAUGUCGAACGACAUCGAAGAGGGCGCUGUCUACCCUAGGCAUCCUCCAGAUCAAUUCAAUGCUCUCCAAUACAAUGAUGCGGUGGACGCGCCGCUGAUACAGCCAAUCAUCAUGCUUAAGCAAGCACUCAGUCAGAAGACCGCAAAAACGAUGCUUUCAGGCACGGAAGCUACGCAUCAUCAUCAAUCGCUCGACGAGAUCGUGGAUACUAAGUCCGUAACAAGCUAUGCUGUCACUGUUACAGACAUUCACGGGAAAGGUGUUAUCCUGCAUCCCCCACCCACGCAGGCUGAUGGCGAAAGGGACUUUGAAUGUCCAUAUUGCUACAUCAUCUGCCCCGCUCGUUAUGGCAGAGGACGACCCUGGCGAACCCACCUGCUUCAGGAUUUGCAGCCCUAUAUCUGCACAUAUCCAGACUGUGAAGCCUCCGAGCAGCUCUUCCGCAGUCGGAGGGAGUGGCAUGAUCACGAAGCCGGUCACCGUAAAGUCUGGAGGUGUCCAGAGCACCCUUUAGCUGUGUACAAAUCUCCUUCCGGCCUGGAAAAUCAUCUUCGACAACAGCAUUUUGAUAGCUUUCCUGAAAGCCAACUGGACACCAUAGUCAAAAUUGGCGAGACUUCGACAAUUGAAGUGCGAGAUAAGUGCCCCAUCUGUCUCAUGUCGGCAGAUGCAGAGGGCAUUGAUGAUUUCGCCAAUCAUGUUGCCAAUCAUCUCGAACGAAUUGCAGCGUUCGCCCUACCCAAUAGCAGCGAAGAAGAUGCAGACGGAGCAAGCAGCGCUGCAAGUCGUGGGAAAUCCGGAAGUACUGCUUCACAGGACGUGAGCGGCAUGUCGUUACCCAGUGAAGUAUCAAACGAACAAAGCGAGAAUGAGGCUUUGAUAACAGAGUUGCGAAGAGAUGACGACGAUGCGCUCGCAAACAAGCCGAAGUCACAGGAGAUCUCAAGUCACACGCUGCUCUCUUUGGAGAGUUUGCAGUCACUCCCAGACAUCAGCCAUAGCAGGCUUGACACACUUAUGUCAAACCACGCAGCUGAGCAAGACAACGAUGACGAGGGCGGAGGAGAUUUUGAGGUUGUCACAGCCGAUUUCGAAGAUCACAUGCAGCGUAUGGAGGAUUUUAAAACAUACCUGAUGUCCCUCCCCAACGCUCAGUAUGUUCGAUUCUUCAAGCGCUACGGCUCUUGGAGAGGAUAUGCUAUCUUCAGCAAUAGUACGCGGGCUGCCCAGGCCGUGCAGUCUUUUGAUACAAGACUGUAUCCUGACAUCAAGGUUCAACAAAGUGCCGAAGGUAGUCGCAAUAAGCUCAAGUUCAGUGCUCCAAACACGCAGGAGACACGCUGGCACAGUCCUGCUCGGCAACUAACAUCUGAUAUGCAAAACAGCGAGACCAAGAGUAACGCUUCAAACUCGAUGAUCUAUGAUGACCCAGAGAGAAAGGAUGGCAACGAUAUCAUGUUAUCAGUCUCCGACAUACCGACGCUUCGCGACAUGUAUAGAUCUCGAAAGCCGCUGCAGCGUGAUCUGAGCUUUGCCCCGAAUGACUCCUAUAAUCGGAUGAUAUCCUUCUGUUACCACGAUCUCACACGACUGAAGGUCGACGCUAUUGUGAAUAGCGCCAACAAUUCUCUGAACGUCAGCAAGCACGGAACUACACUUAACCACUCUAUUCACAAGGCUGGAGGACCUGGACUCACAGAAGAAGCGAAGUUGAAGGGGAAGCUGAAGUCAGGUCAGGCAACAUUGACUGGCGGCCAUAAUCUGCCCUGUACUCAUGUCAUCCAUGUGGCCAGACCACAAUACGGUGCAAAUAAGGGUACAGGCCAGUUUAAUGUACUUACGGAAUGCUACCGCAGCGCUCUUAGAAUUGCGCAGAUGUAUGGCCUCAAGACCAUUGCCUUUCCUUGCCUGGGCGCUGGCGGAUGUGGCUUUCCUCCACGAGUCGCUGCCCGUGUAGCGCUUCAGGAAGUACGAGAAUUCUUGGAUUUUGACCAGGAUCCUCCGUUCGAACGGCUCAUCUUCGUUGUCUACAGUGCCUCAGAUGAAAAGGCUUAUACAGACCUGUUCCCGGCAUUCUUCCCGCCCACACACGGUGAUCUAGAGAUCGCCAGAUCCUCUGAUACAUCUGCAAACAGAGCAUCACUUGCAGCACAGGUGCUGGAAGCACGACUUCAGGUGCAGAAAGUCGCAGAGGACUUGUCUGCAGAGCUCACUCUUUUCAUAUCAGACUUCCCCAAGGAGAUUUUGGAAGAGCUCCAUGGUAUCGAUGCUGCAUUCUCUUCGAUCAGAGGAUUCCUAGUUGGUUCUAAGGCCCUUCACCGGAGCUUAGGCGACUUGAAUCUUAUCUGCUCUGUCGUACAGACCAUCUGCGGAAGCAUCACAGAGCUCACUGAAUCGGCCAAGGUCAUGCCAUUCUCCGGCGGUCGCAGCCACGUAGACCUGUGGGAUAAUUACAAUAACCAUCAUGAGAAAGUUUAUGGUCAUGACCUUGAGGAGUUUCUUAGAGACUGCCAGGACUUUGCUCAAUACCUGGAAGACAUUCUUAUCCGCGAUGGCGUGGAACUGGAAGAGAUGACACCUGUGCGCUUGAGACUUGACGCUUUCAAAGUGAGGCAAAGGAAUCAGGAUGGCGAAGGUGCCCGUGAACAUUUCGACAAAGUACUCUACGCGAGAGAAUCUCCGCGGGAGACCUACACUGAGGCGAAGGAUAUCGUACGAAUGCACCAGGUGCCGUCAAUAAGUCAACUCUACUUAUCCAACAGCCUCGAAGAGAAAUCGACUAUAGUACAACCAUCAGCUACGUUCAACGACAGUGUCUAUUUCAUUAGGGAAGACAUCACAAAGCUUGAAGUCGCUGUUAUGGUGAAUUCCACAGAUGUCACUUUCGCCGGUAUGGGCACACUUGAUCGUAAGGUGUUCAAUAAAGGUGGUAUGGAAAUUCGAGAGGCAUGCACGAACCUUGGUGUAUGCAAAGAAGGCGAUGUCAAAGCCACGGAAGGAUUUGGACUGCCAGCCAAACAUGUUCUACAUGUGGUCCCUCCGCGGCAAUGGAGGGAGAACAGCAAAGACAUCUUGCGGCAGAUUUAUCGCGAGAUCCUCUACACUGCACAAAGGUUGCGUGCAACUUCACUCGCGAUUCCAGCAAUCGGCACCGGCAUGCUAAGCUAUCCACGGCAAGACUGUGCAGCGCUGGCCCUGGGAGAAGUGCGUCGUUUCCUCGAAAGUGUUGAGCCCACAAGCUCUCUCGAAAAGAUCAUACUGGUUGCAUAUUCAUCGAGCGACGAAUUUGUGUACAAGUCACUACUUCCCAUUUAUUUCCCGUCGAUAGACAGAAACGUCAACCGAGUCCUAUCAGUAUCACAUCUUUUCCCUAAGGAGAGACAUACACCUCCCCAGACCAUCUCGGCUCCCAAGCGUACACUGUUCAGUUCUAUCGGAGACGCCGUUCGCAACUUGGGCACUUCACGCCCAGGUAAACGAUCGGUCGCUCAUACUUGGCGUGCCAUCAACACGUAUGAAGAACACGCCCUCAUUGGGUUUGAAUUGCACGCUCGAGACUGCAGUAUCUGCAAGACCAUGGCACAGCUGUACCAAGACAGACAGAACCUUUGUGAACAUGGCUAUCCACUGGCACAGACAUUGCUGUGGUACAUGAACCUUGGGCCAGAUCAGCUCGUGUACACGAGGGCUGUGCAAAUCCGGCAGAGUGUCAGACUCGAGGUGCCUGAAGACAUGUUUCCGCUGUCUUUGACCAUGCUUCGCUUAGUGGAGGCAAGCUUGAGGGAAGAGGGUCGCGAACCCUUCAUCAGUCCGAACAAGGCCUUCUCGACCGUCAUACGAGGUCAACCUGCCCAGGAAGACGAAUCCUCUGGCCCCACUAUAUACAACGCCGAGACAGCGCGAGCUUCUGUUGAAGUGUGGUCAGCUUCCGAACAGACGUGGAGUCCCGUAUCGCCAAGCGAAUGCAUUGUCUUCAUUCGAAAAGGCAGGCUCGAUGUGUACGAGGCUCAUGCACCUUUCGCUACACAAAACCCUCUCUUGAACUUUGUUCUGGAUCCUGCUGCUGAGAUUGCGAGGCCCCUAUAUCGAAAUGGACUGGUCGUGCGAGGUGUAAGCGCUGCGCAAUUUGACAACAAUGGUGAGAUCAUGCUAGUCAGCCAAAGCAAAGCGGACUCUGAGUUACUACUUGCGAUGUUGCAUCGAGCCAACCCAGAGUUCCCUGUGAGCAUGGAAGAAUUAGAAACAAUCUCGAAGGGUCGCGUGGCACGAGGCGCUGACGGCAGCGUUGGAGCUCGUACGACUGUAGUGACGACUUUGGCAGAUAGAGUGUGCUCGGAUUCAGAGCAUGGCAGUCAUGAUACUGCCAUACCAACCGAUGACGCGCAGGAUUCUCUCCAAGGACAUCUAAGCCCACUGCAAGCCAAGAUGCAGAGACUGAGUGAGGCUGCAUCCAGAUUCAACAUCGAGUCACCUGAGCAACAAUCUGCUACUGUCACUCAGCUUGGUGACUUUAUGGAUCCGUCAGACGAGCUGCAGCUAGGCAAUACGGGCGAAGUCGAUGACAAGCGUACGCAAAGAACUCUGACUGCGCUCGAGCACCAGAUCCUGCACCACUUGACAAAGGAUCUGAAGUCAAGGCCGGGCGCUUAUAUUGGUCAAAGCACCAAAAAUAUCGCAACAGCACUCGAAACACCGCUAGAAGAAGUCAUAACUGCCACUGCAAGUCUAUCGAGGCAAAACUACAUCCACAGCACCAUCAACGAAGGUACAUGGGUGAUCUCGCGACCCCCUCAGAAUCUCCCAGCUCUUGCAGAUCGCUCAAAAGGAUCUCCGACGCUAAAGGCGACCUCUUCGACAAUGCAGACCGGUAGUAAGGCAGACACGGCAGAAACGCUCUUCCAGAUGGACCUGCUGGAGCAGCGGAUCCUGUCACAUCUCUCCAUGUUCAACUCUACAUCUCCACAGGAGAAAGGCUGUACCACGCUCCACAUAGCUGAAGCGCUUGACGCAGAUUUGGAAGAGGUCGAACUGGCACUGGGCCAGCUCGCCGAACAGGGCAAGAUGUACCUCGCACCUGACGGCGAGACGUGGAAUACCCCUCUAUCGCGCCAGUACUUUGCAUCUGCUGGUUCAAGCCAUGACGCAGCUAGAUUAAUCCCAGCGCAAGCAAAUAUCCGCGGCCCAAAAGAUUCCAAAGACACUCCACCAAGUCCUGUAUUCCCGGCUACAACCACACAAAUCUCAGCUCUGCCCGCUGAACUUGACAUCUCAAACCUGGAUGAGCCCUCAUUAUAUCUCUACGACCCGGCCACCCGGUGA